CCCCAGAUCUUCACCAAAUGCUCAAAUCCUCUCCUCAUCCCCACCGCUCUACAUAUUUCCCCUUUUGCCUCUCCAUCCAUCGCUCCCAUCCGCCGCCUCUCCGCCACCACCACCGUCAUUUCCGCCGUCGCAGUAGAAAUCUAUGUAUAGAAAAGCAACAAUCUUAGGGUUUCUCGGUUCGGGACUCCAUCCUUGGUGCCGGUUAAUAAAGAUAGCAAUUUAGAUAAAUGCUGGUCCCUGGAAUUCUGGGGUUCCAGAGUAUUGUAGUGGGGUUGCUGCUGAUUCUUUGCCUGGUAAUCCGACGGAAGUGGAGGAAUGCGGCGGAGAGGAAGGAGGAAGUGAGGAGGCUCCUCGCUAUGGCCUCCCAGGAAGCUGUCAUGGUGGAGGCCCAAUCUAUGGCUGAGUACUCCGGCUACCUGAAGCCGUACCAAUGUGCUGUCUGCUUUUGUCCCACAACUACGCGUUGCUCCCAGUGCAAAUCUGUUCACUACUGUUCUGGUAAGUGUCAAAUUAUUCACUGGAGACAAGGUCACAAGGAUGAAUGCCAUCCACGAACUGAUCUUCCAACACAAAAACAGUUUAGAAUUUAUGGUGAUGAUUCAGGACUGGAAGGUGAAUUUAAGGCAUCUCCUAAAGCUUCACUGCUGGAAGGUGAGGAUGAUGAUGGUGAACAUGCCAGGGGUAUACCUAUGAAGUUUGCAACAUCUAGUGCCUCACCGUUGGCUGAUACCACUGUUUCUAAUGAUUUUGCUCCUGAUAUGCCUAAAAGUGCUGCUAGACCUCAGUAUAAAAGAGAAGCUAUUUUACAUUCUUCAAGGUCUGAGAUUGAUCAUGUGGAUAAUAUGAGUGAUCUUAGCAAGAAGAAUAAGUUGGUUCAUAAUGAUGAAGAGGUUGAAUUUAGAAUGCGGCUUGGAAAUAAGACUCUAAUGGAUGAUGUCCAUCCCACAAAAGAGAUGAAUAAGAACUUGGUUAAAGAAACUUCAUCUGAAAUGUUAGUUGCUGAAGCAUCCAAGAAAAAGAGCUUACCCUCCUCAAGCCUUUCAAGGCCACAUUUUGUAACCAAUGAUAGAGAAGAUAAAAAUGCCAGACAUUCCUCAUGUAAUGCCACUAGUGAUCAUCCAUCUUCAGCUGCAAGAGGUCAUCUGAUUACCAGUUCCAAUUCUGCAACAACUGCAAAUUGUAAUGAUCUCCCCAGCUUGCCACAAACUGCAUGUAAUGGCUUAAAAACAUCUAUGCGGAAAGUCGUACAGCAGUUUAGAUCCUCAAAACAGUCAAAGUCCUAUCUUUUAGGUUCUGAAAAUGAGGUUACUGGAAAAUACAAUUGCAAGAUAAUUUUUCCAUAUGAACUUUUCGUGGAACUUUACUCAUAUGAUGCAGUGGAGCUAUGCCCAUUUGGCCUUACAAAUUGUGGAAACAGUUGUUAUGCUAAUGCGGUGCUUCAAAGUCUGGCUUUUACUCGGCCACUUACUUCCUACCUUGUACGAGGGCUCCAUUCUGGAUCAUGUCGAAAGAAAGAUUGGUGCUUCAUCUGUGAGUUUGAAUGUUUAAUUUUGAAGGCCAGGGAAGGGGAGUCACUUCUGUCACCAAUCAGAAUAUUGUCCAAAAUACAAAAAAUAGGAAGCCAUCUUUCUCAUGGGAAGGAGGAAGAUGCCCAUGAAUUUUUGAGGUAUGCUGUUGAUGCAAUGCAAUCUGUUUGCCUCAAGGAAGCAGGAGCUGUGGGUCCAUCAGCAGAAGAGACAACUCUAGUGGGUCUGACUUUUGGGGGAUAUCUUCGUUCUAAGAUAAAGUGCAUGAAGUGCCUUGGAAAAUCUGAAAUAUUGGAGCGGAUGAUGGAUCUAACUGUUGAGAUUGAUGGGAACAUUGGAACUCUUGAUGAGGCCCUUACUCAGUUUACAGCUACUGAGAUCUUGGAUGGGGAUAACAAAUAUUACUGCAGCAGGUGUAAAUCCUAUGUGAAAGCUAAAAAGAAGUUGACGGUAUCAGAGGCGCCAAACAUUCUUACUAUAGUUUUAAAGCGGUUUCAGUCUGGAAACUUCGAGAAGUUGAAUAAGUCAAUUCGUUUUCCUGGGGUCCUCAACAUGGACCCCUAUAUGAGUGGAACAACUGAUAAGUCAAAUGUCUACAGUCUCUAUGCAGUUGUUGUUCAUUUAGACGUCAUGAAUACUGCAGUUUCAGGUCAUUAUGUGUGUUAUGUGAGGGAUUUCCGUGGAGGGUGGUUCAGGAUUGAUGACAGCACGGUAAUUCCUGUGGAGUUGGAAAGGGUCUUACUAGAACGGGCAUACAUGCUUCUUUAUGCAAGGCACUCUCCGAGGACCCCAGCAUUGGUAAAAAACGCUCCAGAGUCUCAUGGUGUAAGAUCCAAGAAAAGAGAUCAGGAAGCAGUUCCUUCUAGCUCUAAGAUGAGACUCGACUCCUAUAUUUCAAAUGCUGAUCCUUCCAAGGCACAGCAGAAGCAUGGAAAGCACGUCUACUGGAUAACAUCAGAUGGCUUGACCAGCAAGCAGUUACAAUAUUUAGAAGAUUGGAGAUUCCAUCCACCACGUAGAAUUCCUUCAGCAGAUUCAUGGAGUGAAAGUUCUUCCCUUUUCAGCAGCUCAGAUGCAAGUUCUUGUAGCACCACAAGCACCAAGGACUCGGUUAGGGGUGAAGACUUCUCCGAUUACAUAUUUGGUGGCAUGGGACACGACUGGUUCAGCUAAUAUCGGAUGCCAUUGAAUACGGGAGUGCCUAAUUUUGAUUCAGAAAGGGAUUGGAGAAAGGAUCAACAGGGGGAUGAGAACCCUGCAUUUUUGUACAAUGACUCAGCUAUACAUCAUUGGAGAAAUAGUAGUAGUAGAGACAAUGAAUUUGAACAAGUAGGCUGGGCCAACCUUUAUGAUGUAAGGUCUGGUGCAUCAUUAAGAAGAGCAAGCGGAGAUAGAUCAGCUCAAGCAUUUUAUUGAGGUUUGAGUUGAGAUGAAAUCGAGCUUUUUUUUUUUUUUUAACUAUCCUCAUGAUUCACAAGUAACUGUUCAUCAUUUUUUUCCCAAUCCAAUUGUGUUCUAAAAUACCUUUCUGCUGUUCUAAUUUUGAUCUCUAAACUUUCCCCUGAUUCACCUUUUUGUGGAAAGUCUUGUGGGCUGUGGAUAUGUAGUGGAUGUUUCAGAGAAGGUGAGGAUUUUUUGUUGGAGAGCAUGUCGGGAUCUUUUUGCCAGUAAGGGCUAAACUAAUUGGAAGAGGAGUAAGUUAUCCGUUGGAGUGUCUGUUAUGUGGGAGGAGGGAGCUAUGGUGAGGGACGCUAAGGGACAGGUGGAGGCAGGUAUGGUGCAGUUGUUUCCAUCUAUGGGGACCCAAUGGUAGUGGAGGGCAUGGCAGUGAGGAGAGCUUUGGACUGGGCAAUGGACAUGGGUUAUACAGGUUUUUCACUGGAAUCAGACUGCCUCGAAGUAGUUCAGGCUGUAUCGUGUGGACAGCAUGAGCGGUGGAAGAAGUGGGGGUCUUUUGGAUUGUUGGGGAUUCUAACACACAAACGAAAGCAAGGAUGGAAAUUUACGUGGAAAAUCGUAAGACCGGAAAAAAACUAUGGAGAAUGUGAGAACCCACUAUAAUCAAGCAAGAGUACAUUAAUUUGAGAGACAAUCCUUCAUCAAUGGAUGCCCAAAUGAUCUUACCCACUCUCACUCAAUAUCU